CUGUCACAUCGCAUCGCACAGCCCUCGGCCCCAGCGCUUCCUGCUGCCUCUCCCGGCUCCGGCCCAGCUGCCUCCGCGCCUCUUGCGGGGGCCGGAGCGGGGAGGAGGAGCCGCUUCUCCCCCCUCCACCUCUUCCUCCGCCCGUUCCCGCCGGGCGGGUCUGGUGCGUGGCAAAGGCUCCGGCAGCCCCGGAGCUUUGUGGAGCCGCCGUCCGCCGGGUCUGUGCGGAGCGAGGCAGCGCCUGAAGCCGUCCCGUAGGCAGUGCCUGCAGCCGGUGUCAGUUCUCGGAGUGAGAUCCAGGCGGGGAAGUCGCCUCCAUGGUGCCCCCGGCGGUGCUGCUGCCCUGGGUGCUGCUGCCGCUGCUCGGGGUGCAGGGUGGCAGCGGCUCCAAGCAGGAAGAUAACCUGCUGGUUCUGACUGUUGCCACCAAGCAGACCGAGGGAUAUCGACGCUUUAGAAGAUCAGCCCAGUUCUUCAACUACAAAAUCCAGGUGCUUGGGCUGGAUGAGGAGUGGAAGGGUGGAGAUGACAAGAAGCCAGCAGGAGGUGGGCAAAAGGUCCGUCUCUUGAAAUCAGCUUUGAAGCAGCAUGGAGAUAAGGAAGACUUGAUCAUCCUUUUCACAGAAAGCUAUGAUGUACUGUUUGCAUCGGGCCCCACGGAACUGCUGAAGAAGUUCAAACAGGCCAAGAGCAAGGUGGUCUUCUCAGCAGAGAACUACAUCUACCCUGACAGAAAGUUGGAAGCCAAGUACCCUCCAGUGCGAGAUGGAAAACGCUUCCUGGGUUCUGGAGGCUUCAUAGGUUAUGCUCCAAACCUGAAAAAGCUUGUAGAGGAGUGGAAAGGAAAGGACGAUGACAGCGACCAGCUCUUCUACACGAAGAUCUUUUUGGAUCCGGAAAAAAGAGAGAAUAUCAACAUCAGUCUAGAUCAUAGAAGUCGGAUCUUCCAAAACCUAAAUGGAGCAUUAGAUGAGGUGGUUCUGAAGUUUGAAAACGCACGAGUGAGAGCAAGAAACUUGUUAUAUGACACUCUACCUGUAAUAAUUCAUGGAAAUGGACCCACCAAGCUGCAGCUGAACUACUUGGGAAACUACAUUCCUCAAAUAUGGACAUUUGAGACUGGCUGUACCGUGUGUGACGAAGGUCUGCGCAGCCUCACAGGUAUUAAGGAUGAAGCUCUGCCAAUGAUUCUGAUUGGCAUUUUCAUCGAGCAGCCCACCCCGUUUCUCUCCCAGUUUUUCUUGCGGCUUCUUAAUCUCCGUUACCCAAAGCAACGAAUUCAAGUCUUCAUUCACAACCACGAGCAACAUCACUCAAUGCAAGUGGACUCUUUUGUUAAGGAGCACAGCAAAGAGUAUCUUGCUAUGAAAGUGAUUGGACCAGAUGAUGAGGUGGAGAAUGCUGAGGCACGUAACUUGGGCAUGGAUUUGUGCAGGAAGGAUCCUGACUGCGACUAUUAUUUUAGCCUGGAUGCUGAAGUAGUUCUGAAGAACACAGAGACACUAAGGAUUCUUAUUGAACAGAACAAGUCAGUGAUUGCCCCCCUGGUGAGUCGGCAUGAGAAGCUGUGGUCCAACUUCUGGGGAGCACUGAGCCCUGAUGGGUAUUACGCCCGCUCAGAAGAUUACGUGGAUGUUGUCCAAAGGAGGAGGGUCGGGCUCUGGAAUGUUCCCUACAUCAGCAGCGUGUACAUGGUGAAAGGUAAAGUCCUGCGAUCAGAGCUUGACGAGGGAGAUCUCUUCCACGGUGGCAAGCUGGAUGCUGACAUGGCUUUCUGCCACAACGUGCGGAAUCGGGGAGUUUUCAUGUACUUGACAAAUCGGCAUCAGUUUGGACACAUACUGUCUUUGGAGAAUUACCAAACAACUCACCUCCACAAUGACCUCUGGCAAAUAUUCAGCAACCCUGAGGACUGGAGAGAAAAGUACAUCCAUGAAAACUACACAGCAGCUCUGAAGGGGAAAUUGGUAGAAAUGCCCUGCCCAGAUGUGUACUGGUUCCCCAUAUUCACUGACACUGCGUGUGAUGAGCUGGUGGAAGAAAUGGAGCAUUAUGGCAAGUGGUCCACAGGUGACAAUACGGACAGUAGAAUACAAGGAGGAUAUGAGAACGUCCCAACUAUUGACAUCCACAUGAACCAAAUCGGCUUUGAAAGAGAAUGGUAUAAGUUUCUUCUGGAAUAUAUUGCACCCAUCACAGAGAAACUGUACCCAGGAUACUAUACCAAGACUCAGUUUGAACUAGCCUUUGUGGUCCGCUACAAACCCGACGAGCAGCCUUCUCUAAUGCCCCAUCACGAUGCUUCCACCUUUACCAUUAACAUUGCUCUGAACAGGGUUGGAAUAGACUAUGAGGGAGGAGGCUGCCGGUUUUUGCGCUACAACUGUUCGAUUCGAGCUCCACGGAAAGGGUGGACUCUCAUGCAUCCAGGACGACUCACCCACUACCAUGAAGGUCUUCCAACCACCAAAGGAACCCGUUAUAUCGCAGUGUCUUUUAUUGACCCCUAGAGCCAUGCUGACAGGAAAGACCUUUCCCUGGCCCUGCUCACUGCUGACUUUGAGUGGAAACAGGGAAUAGUGCAGAGAGUCUCUAAGGUGUUGAUCAAAGAUAUAAGACUCCGCUGUUGGAAGAUCUCCCUCUCUGAUACUGCGGGUCAUAUCUAGAAACGUUGCUGUAGAAUUUGGAAGGAGAUUUUGUGCCUUCAUUUUUGAUUCUGCUCUUCAUCCGCUGUGUCUUGGAAAUGCGAUUUACUUGAAGCUUCACGGCUUGGUUGGCUUUACAGAAAUGCUUUCUUGGACUGGAAAUCCAGCUCUUUGGAGUCAAGUCACAAGCUUUCUCUCCAAGUAGCUGGAAUCUCUUUUUUAUAUCCACAGCAUAUACAGGACUGGACACUUAGAAAAUCAUUUCUGGAUACUAUACCAAACAUUAUCAAGGAGCUGGCUCCAAGAGUCGUAAUGGUUACAUGUCACACCAGAUGAAACUCAGUAGUAACAGCCUGAAGAUCAUCUGAAUCCUUACCUCUAUGCAGUCUUUGGAAACACAUCACAGAGUUCAAAGCAGCAGCAAUAGCAAUGUAGGUGCUUUGUGGUAGUCAAUGAAGGCCCAUUAAUUAUACAUUAUCUCUGGGAUUAGUCUGAAGACAUAGAAAAAAGAAAUAGCCUCCCUAUCUUCUGUUACUGCAGUUUAGGGAGGGCUUCAGUGCUGAAUCAGCUCAGCUCUAUCCUUGUUAAGAUCUACAAGCUCUAAUGAUGGGUUAACAACCCAGAGGCCCCACUGAUCUUUGGCCUCAUUCUCCUUCUUAGCGAUCAUUUGGGUAGUUCCCUUUGCAUCCAGCUUGUUUGAGCCAACGCUGUAGAAGAACUAUUUUCUGGUACUUAGAGGAAAUCAUUAUUUGGUAUUUCUAAUAUUUGAGAUUGCAAACCAAAGCAUCCCCCUGGGGAUGAGACUCAUAGAAAUGAGUGGGUGAGUGCUCAGAGGUUGUGGCAAACCAAUAAGGGAUAAAAAACUGCCUAGAAUUGAGCUGUGGGUAGAGGGGGAGCAGAGAAAAACCGUUGUAUUGCUGCCUGUGAGAGACCUGCUCUGCUUUUAGACACUAUUAUGUGUAUGAAGGCUGGUUUGUUUCACAGGCAGUACAUUCACAUUGGGAUUGGGGUGGACCCACAGGGCUGCUCUCUGAGGGCUCUUUAGGGUCUCCUUCAGUGCUGUGCAUCCACCAGGGGAGAAAAAACAGUUGAAAACGGUAAAAAUUCGUGCUGUAACCAAAUGAAGAGACUUUCCAGGCCCACGGUUGAGAAAACAUUGACAUGGUGUAUGUAUUUAUUUAGCUUCCCCACACACACACUUAUUUUAUUGUGUUUUUCCUCUGCCCGAUACUAUGAUCGGAAUCCGCGCGGAGCCGCUUCACACACAGAUUCCAACCGUGGCAAGUGGGAGGUGGGGAAAUUCGCAUUAAACUAUUCCCAAACGCUCA